AUCAUCAGUCGCGCUAUCGGAGAACGAAGACGCUUUCGCGGCGCUCACUGACGUUUGUGCGUUCGUGCCGGGCAAAUCGCUGUCCGCAGCCAGCCGCGUACGCGAACACCGCGUGCAUGUUUGUGUUUACUGCGUACGGACGUUCUUUGCGUGAAGUGAAAGCAAGCAGUGUGUGUUUGUGGAAAAUAUGUACGAUUAAAAAAAAAAGUGUGUUAAAUUUGUUCCGCAGAAAACCCAGCUGUUUGUGUCAUUCUUCAGGCGAGAGUGUGAAAAAAGGCAUAUUUUUGGUAGCAAACUUUGUCCUUUCCAUCUGCGUACGAAUUGUGCUCGGUGCGUGCGUGCUCGUGCUGUAAAAGAAUGCCAAACCGUGCGUGCGUUACAGGUGUUGGCCGGUGUGUUACAGGUGGUGAUUGAUGAAGUUUGCUGUGAGCGGUGAUCAAAGCAGAAUCAUAUUUGCAAAAGUAAACAGUACCCACGACGAUGAUGCUGGUGUCAGCUAGCGCAGGAUGGAAGAUAACUUAGUUGAGUUCUAAAAAUCCAUCAAACACCAUGCGGAAGCGUGACGGUCGCGCUCCAUCCCAGCGUAUCGUUCGACGACGCAAGCGGCACGAAGCUUCAUAAAGCACGAACAACGUCUUGUACAAGUUUGUGGGGUGGGGUGUAAAAUGUAGAAGGAAAGCCUAGAAGCCUUUCACUCCGCCACCUUUCCAUUGAGGCUUACGGGAUUGAAAACUUCUAUAGCACGCGAUUGCCUGGUUGAUGGUGCUGAAAUCGACGGCAGGCCGAGGUCGCGUGCGGAUGCAUACCUAAAGGACGAUAAAUGGUACUGUCAUCAAGGUGGUGUGAAAUUAGCGACAAAUUAGGUGUCCAUAAAUUGCCCGGAAGCUGCUGCGAGAGCGGAAGGAUUUCAGUCUGACAGUGAUACAGCAAAGUGGUGUGAAUUUAACAAGUGCUUAACAGUUGGGAAGUGAAGCGCCGCUCAGGAAGGAAGUGAUUUUUCCUCAAAGUGGUGCGCGUAAAUUAUCGUUCGUGGUGUGAGCCCGUAAAAAAGUGGGCAAAUUUUCGAGAUUUUGUGCAAAACCGUUCUACAAAUGAAGCGUGUGAGUGUGUGCUUGUGUAAUUUAUUAAUGUGUAAAUGCGUGCUUAUGGUUACACAACACUAAAUCGCUAAACGUUUGUACAAUAAUUAAAUCUGUUCUGCGUGGCGGAAAGGUUGCAGCCGCUGCCGUGUGCUGAGAAGACUGCUAACGCUUCCGUACAAUAGACACAACGCGCAACCGCAACCGCUGUGGCAUUCGUUCCUUCGGAGAUGAUACCCGGCAGUACGGACGUGCGCGCUGAACCAUGCUGCCAAUUCUUACCUGGGCCUACCUGCGUCAUAUUGCCGUCCAGUACCAUGCGGAAGCACAGGAUCCGUACGGCAGCGUGCAGCUUGUAUCAGCGAACCCGCCCCUCGGCACGGAACACGCCGGCCACGCCGGGUACGAUUGCGCUCCCCUGCCACUGUUUGCGCUUCCGCGCGACAUCGACUCGAGCGACACGGGCAGCAGCGACCUAGAGCGUACGAUAGAGCUGACCUUCAGCCCGGCCGGUUGUCGACUGCCGCCCCGGUGGGCCAUCCGCAACGACACGUUCCGACCGUUCCAGCAGUCGGCCAAGCUUGCCGGUGGCGGUGGGUUGAACAUGCGUUUCCGCGACCAGACGGACACGUACACGGGCAGCACGGGCAGCAGUACGCAGAUUGCAGCCUUCCCGCUGAUCCACAGCUCAGCGGCCAUCGGAGAGUCGGCGGAUGCAGCGCACGGCAGUAGUGUAGCGGGUGGACUUGGCUCGGUUGGCUCAUUCGUUGCCGUCAACGAUGUCAUUGGCAUGAACAUUACGCCGGCAUUAUCACAGGUUCUUUUAGCGCCUCCCGCCACCAGUGCCGGCUCCGGUGCGUCCAUCAUUGCCGCGGUGAACGGUGCCGCGGCCGAUGACAACGGAACGCGCGGCGAGGAAAUAAAUUCCUUUUACUUUUAUGAGACUGAACAGUUCGCGUUCCUGUGGGUGCUGUUUACCGUGAUCGUGCUGGGCAAUUCGGCCGUCCUGGUGACGCUGAUGCUGAACAGAACGCGCAAAUCGCGAAUGAAUUUCUUCAUUAAGCAGCUCGCAAUUGCUGAUCUCUGCGUAGGACUGCUGAACGUGCUGACGGACAUCAUCUGGCGCAUCACGGUGGUGUGGCGGGCGGGCAAUGCCGCCUGUAAAGCGAUCCGCUUCGUCCAGGUCUGCGUUACGUACGCGUCCACGUACGUGCUGGUCGCGCUCAGCAUCGACCGGUACGAUGCCAUAACGCAUCCGAUGAACUUUUCCGGCUGCUGGAGUCGUGCACGGAAGCUGGUGGCCGCGGCGUGGAGUUUCAGCAUACUUUUCUCCCUGCCGAUAACGUACUUCUACGAGGAGCGGCUAAUACAGGGCAAAAUGCAGUGCUGGAUCGAUCUGGUCGAGGCGUGGCGAUGGCAGCUCUACAUGUGCUGGGUGUCGGGUUCGCUGUUUGUCGUACCGGCGCUGAUCAUUUCCGCCUGCUACGCCGUCAUCGUGCGCACGAUCUGGGCGAAGGGUACCAUCCUCGGUCCAAUCGGUGAGGUUUUUCUGCUCUUACUUUUCUACUUUGCAUUGUAUGCUGUAUUAAGCACUAACCUAACUUUUACAACAUUUUCGAUUGCAGACCGCACACACAACGGUAUGGCCGAUCUGGCGACGAGGCGGGCCAGCUCGCGCGGCAUCAUACCCCGCGCCAAGGUGAAGACGGUCAAGAUGACGAUCGUGAUCGUGAUCGUGUUCGUGCUCUGCUGGUCGCCGUACAUCAUCUUCGAUCUGCUGCAGGUGUUUGGGCAGAUACCGGCAACGCAAACGAACGUCGCGAUCGCCACCUUCAUCCAAAGUCUGGCCCCGCUCAACUCGGCCGCCAACCCGCUCAUCUACUGUCUCUUCUCCACGCAGGUGUGCCGUAUGAUCAAGCGGCUGCCACCGUUCCGCUGGCUGUGGUCGACCAAGUGGUGCUGCAAACCGCACGAUUCCGGCACGCUCCCGCUCGGCAAUGGGACGACGGUGAACGGGACGGCACACGGCCGGUUCCACAACCACAACAGCAGUGACUCGAUGCGAACGCUCACCACAUCGCUGACCGUCUCCCGCCGGUCCUGUCUGCGGCCGGCCCGGGUCGUCAUCGUGGAGCGCCCGAAAACCGAACUCGCCAUGUCGGAGGUGUAGAGGGAAGGGUGCGCAAAAAGUACUUACUGCAAACGAGCUGAUACCAACAACCUACAGCUACAGGAAGUGCAGGAACGCAUCCUGUGCAAAAGGAACGGGGGUAGAUGUUGGGGAAGGGAUGGCGAAUAGAAAUAAAACAUGAAGAAUGGAUGUAAGAGAACUCGCGGAGAACAAAAGAACACGCACCGAGUAGUUGCUGUAAUGUUGCAAAACUAAAACAAAAGCACUAAUCUCCUCCGUCAAGAAUCAUUUCCGUUUCAACUUCCUUUUCGGUUAACCGUUCGCAUUGGAAUAAGCGUGUUGUGCCGUUAACAACCUCAAUCUCUCAGUUCAUUUACUUCCUCCCUCCCCCCCAGCAAAGCGCGUGUGAUGAAUACGCUUCUUGGCAGUGCAGUGCACUCCGCUGAUCCCACCGAAGCGAAAAAGGCCGAAGAACGCAAUAGUGGCAAGAAAAAGGAAUCGAAACGUUUGUUUUAAUCUCAGCAGGGGGUUUAAAAAUGGGAGCAAGCAAUAGCAAAACUGACACACGAAUUGUAUAGCUUUAGGCGUUCGACGCAAUGAGCAUUGCAUACAUUUAGGCUGGGAAGAUCCAUCGAACCCAAAACAGUUCGUCUCGACUUCAUUAGUGACUUAUUUGCCGGGGAAAAAGAGCCCGUGCCGUUUGGACUGCUCAGUACGGCACAAUGAUGGCUGGUGGCACCAUGUGCUAAGUGGUUCCUUAAGUACGCGACCCAUCUCAUUCGCCGGCCGGCCAAGUCCGGAAAGCCGAGACAAAUGAAACGAUUAGACACAACAGUCAUGCUAGCUGCCCAAAAAGGACCUGCGAGGUUGUGCGGUUGUCACUUUGGGCAAGAUACCCAGCGCGAGCAAUCCGUCUCAACAUGAGCUAGGCUUUAUUUGGAAGACAAAACCAACGAAGGAAAAAACGAGGAAGAUUUAUGGUACGCCUAUUAUCGUAAAAGUACGUCCGUGUGCGUGCGUGUGUGUGUGUCUGAGUGUGUGUGUGUGUUUGUUUUUGUGGGUGAAUGAAUGUUAUGUAAAUGUUGUCUCCAAACCCUUCCAUCCAAAAUCCACCUUCCCUUACGGAUCCUUCCGUUCAGUGUGUGUGUUUCCAGCGAUUAGAGGAGCGGAAGGCGAAGGAAGCGAACCAAACAAGCAAGCAGGAUGCGAUAUGAAAUCUCUUGCCAAGAAAGAUAAAGUAAAGACGAUAGCAGACGAAGGCCCAGGCAUGAAUAAAACGAUGGCAAAAGGUCGCGUGGGCGUACUGGGCGUUUUGUUGGCUCGUCGUCAUUCGGGAAAAGUGAAAUUGUAGGCUGGAAAAAUAGCACAACGCCCCGUCAAAACAAAGCAGCAGCCAGCGAAAGGCGAGACUGUGGAACGGUGCGCAUGGUUUAGGGUUGCGUUGCAUGCACAAAGAGGUUUCAACUAUCGUUCCACAAAAGAAAGCUACACAAAAAUCAUCCAAAGCCACAUACAGAAGAACCACAGCACAGCAAGUACUCCAUUUUCCAAAAACCAGGUCGUCCACCCAGAAAUGCCGUUUUGUAGAGUUGAACAAAACAAAGCUAUGUAUAUUGAGGCAAGUAAAAAUGUAAAACCAAAACCACGAUUUGCAAAUAUUUACGAGAAAUGGCCCCACAAGUCCCCGGAGCCCGGAGAAAAGCCCAGCCCCAUGCAUGUAUGGAUCGUUUUUCAUGCCCCCGCGUGGAAGCUGGCAGCUUUGGCAGAUCAUAUGCUCUUCGGGGCACUUCGGGGUUUUUGAGGCAGGAGGGAAAUGUAGAUGUGUCGACCGUAGGUUUGGGUUUUUGGGAGGCUGACGAUGGCAGCCGAUUCUGUGUGAGCAUGGAACUCUCGGCUCCCCCCGGUGAAUCGCGGAUAUCAAUCAGAGGGCGGUGGAGCAAACGAGUUCAUCGAACUACGGUUGGGGUAGCAUCGGAAACAAAACCCCCCCUAAAAAAGGAUAGGCUCAAAUUUCGUAUCCUCGAGAGGGAAGCCGGGCAAUACUGGGUGGGAAUGAUGAGUAUUUGCAUUAAGAUAAUGCGAAGAAGGGUAAUCCCAAGAAUGAUGUUUGCGAUGCGUUGAAAGAAAGUAUAAAUAGAUGAGCGAGAUUUAGGACGCGUGGGAAGGAAAGAACAAUCCCUGCCCGUAUCGGAUGUUGCUGCUUCGCGCAGAAGGAGUAACCCUGUCAAACCCCCGGAUUAGCAUGUAAGCCAGUGAUGUAGUGGUAACUAUUAUUUCCUUUAAUAAAUGUACCGAGAAGCUUGGCCGUUUA